AUGUUUCAAGCAACACAAACUCAAAUCAUCGACUUCCUACUAAAGCCUGCACUAUAUGAAACACCCGAUAACAGCUAUGGAUAUGAUACAGGAAAAGCCUCUCUGUACUACAGCAAAUUUCCGCAAAAUCGUUUUAUGCAAACAAAUUUUUACCAUCUAUCAACAGCAGCAUCUGCAGCAGCAGCAAAACGUUAUGCCAAAAGUAUGCUAAUGCAAAAAGCGGUCAGCAGUGGUUCAUCACGACGAAAUUCCUAUGGCCGACGUGGCGAUUAUGGUAGAACUGCUCGAUUAUCACUACAGAUGAAUCGACUUGCUGAACUAUGUGUUUUUUAA